AUGCCAUUGAAUAAAUUCUUGCAGACCAAAAGCAUCAUUAUUUAUGAAAAUCCAAGAGAAAUUGUUAUUCCACCAAGCCAUUCUGUCGAGAUAUUCAUUGCACCCAUGCUACGUGUUGAGUCGAUCAUAGGAAUGUUAAUGUUCCACUGUCUCUGUUUCAUGUUUGUACUUCCAUGUAAAGAUAGCAAAUCACUACAGGCGAUGCCUACACUAAAAGGGUGUAUACAAAAGGAAAAUUGUGGCAAAGAAUGUCCAUCCGAUAGCAUCUGGAAUCGUAACUUAAAAAAAGGCAUCAGUUGUAGUGGGACACCUGAGGAGGGAAUAACUGCCUCCAUGUGGUAUCUCUGGUUGAAAUCCACGUCUUUAUUUGAUCAAGUGAAUAAUUUCGUGUUAUAA